CUCGGAAAAGGCGGGGCUUUUGUACUCUACGUUCCCAACACGUUGGGAAAGUAUUUGUUUUGUCAAGAAUAACACUGACUUUUUAAAAUUAUUAAACGGAUUUCUCUGUCAAAAGGAAAAUGCCAACGCUUAGCGGAAAGGCAGACGUUUUAUUCGAAGACGAUGAUUUGCCUUAUGAAGAAGAAAUCAUCAGGAAUCCGUAUUCAGUCAAGUGCUGGAUGCGUUACAUUGAGCACAAGCAAAAUGCUCAGAAAUCAGUGCUCAAUAUGAUCUAUGAAAGAGCUUUAAAAGAGCUGCCUGGCAGUUACAAGUUGUGGUACAACUACCUGAGAGAGAGAAGGAAACAGGUGAAAGGCAAAUGUGUCACAGAUCCAGCAUACGAGGAGGUGAACAACUGUCAUGAGAGAGCACUUGUGUUUAUGCAUAAGAUGCCCAGGAUAUGGAUCGACUACUGUCAGCUCAUGGUGUCUCAAUGCAAAAUUACACGGAGCAGACGGACAUUCGAUAGGGCGUUAAGAGCGCUACCCAUUACCCAGCAUCCUCGCAUCUGGCCCCUGUAUCUUCGCUUUGCCCGUAACUUGCCUCUCCCAGAAACAGCUAUUCGUGUUUACCGCCGGUACUUAAAGUUGUCACCUGAGAAUGCAGAGGAAUACAUUGAUUACCUGCGUUCAGUUGGACGUCUGGAUGAAGCUGCGAUUCGGCUGGCAGCUGUGGUCAAUGAUGAAAACUUUGUUUCGAAAGAGGGAAAGUCCAAUUAUCAGCUCUGGCACGAGCUCUGUGACCUCAUCUCACAAAACCCAGACAAGGUGACUUCACUGAAGGUGGGAGCGAUUAUCAGAGGAGGUCUCACUCGCUUUACUGACCAGCUUGGCAAGCUCUGGUGUUCUCUGGCUGAUUACUACAUCCGCAGUGGACACUUUGAGAAGGCUCGAGAUGUAUACGAGGAGGCCAUCCUAACAGUAGUCACUGUGCGAGACUUCACCCAGGUUUUCGACAGCUUUGCGCAGUUUGAGGAGAGCAUGAUUGCUGCCAAGAUGGAGACCACGUCUGAACUGGGACAAGAUGAAGAAGAUGACAUUGACUUGGAGUUGCGAUUGGCCCGUUUUGAGUCGCUGAUAACUAGACGACCGCUUCUAUUAAACAGCGUGCUGCUGCGUCAGAACCCCCACAAUGUUCACGAGUGGCACAAGAGAGUCAAACUCUACGAGGGCCAACCACGACAGAUCAUCAACACAUACACAGAAGCUGUGCAAACGAUAGAUCCUAUGAAAGCCACAGGAAAACCUCACACUCUCUGGGUGUCCUUCGCCAGAUUCUAUGAGGAUAAUGAACAGCUGGAUGAUGCUCGGACUAUCUUUGAGAAGGCCACAAAGGUGAACUACAAACAGGUGGAUGAUCUUGCAGCGGUGUGGUGUGAAUAUGGAGAGAUGGAGCUGAGACAUGAGAAUUAUGACCAAGCGUUGCGUAUACUAAGGAAAGCAACAGCGAUUCCAGCAAGAAAAGCAGAGUAUUUUGAUUCUUCAGAACCAGUGCAGAAUCGAGUAUACAAGUCCCUGAAAGUGUGGUCCAUGCUUGCAGACUUGGAAGAGAGUCUUGGCACAUUCCAGUCCACAAAGGCAGUGUAUGAUCGCAUCAUUGAUCUCCGGAUCGCCACUCCUCAGAUCAUCAUUAACUAUGCCAUGUUUCUUGAAGAACACAACUACUUUGAGGAUAGUUUCAAGGCAUACGAGCGUGGCAUUGCCCUUUUUAAGUGGCCUAAUGUCCAUGACAUCUGGAACACGUACCUCACCAAGUUCAUCGACCGUUAUGGAGGCAAAAAGCUGGAGAGAGCGCGAGAUCUGUUUGAGCAAGCGCUGGAUGGGUGUCCUGCUAAAUAUGCCAAAACUAUCUACUUGCUGUAUGCUAAGCUGGAAGAGGAGUACGGUCUGGCGCGACAUGCCAUGGCUGUGUAUGAGAGAGCCACUGCAGCUGUAGAACCAGAGGAACGACAUCAAAUGUUCAACAUCUACAUCAAGCGUGCAGCAGAGAUUUAUGGAGUCACUCACACAAGAGCCAUCUAUCAGAAAGCCAUUGAGGUCCUGCCAGAUGAGCACGCCAGAGACAUGUGUCUGCGCUUCGCUGACAUGGAGAGCAAACUUGGGGAGAUUGACAGAGCGAGAGCCAUCUACUCGUACUGCUCUCAGAUCUGUGAUCCGAGGGUGACUGCUCAUUUCUGGCAAACCUGGAAGGAGUUUGAGGUACGCCACGGUAAUGAGGACACAAUCCGUGAGAUGCUGCGGAUUAAACGCAGUGUGCAGGCCACAUACAACACACAAGUCAACUUCAUGUCCUCUCAGAUGCUCAAGGCAACCACCAAUGCUACUGGAACAGUGUCAGAUCUUGCUCCUGGGCAGAGCGGAGUGGAUGACAUGAAGCUGCUGGAGCAGAAGGCUCAACAGCUCGCUGCAGAGGCAGAACAGGACAAACCCAAACCUAAAGACAAGAUCCUUUUCGUCAGGAGUGACACCUCUCGCAGUGAACUCGCUGAACUGGCUAAACAAGCUAAUCCAGAUGAGAUUGACAUUGAUGAUGAUGAAGAUGAGGAUGCAGAGGAUGGGGAACCAGAUGAGGUGCAAUUGGAGCAGAAGUCUGUCCCUACUGCUGUCUUUGGAGGACUAAAGGAUGACUGAAUUUGCCGCAGUUUUAGAGAUGAUCACAAAACACCUGGAUUCAGUAAUCAGGAAACAGAGAAAUGAAUACCAACGUGCUGAUGUGAAUUCAUGUAAAUGGCUAAGUGUACUGUAGCAAUACCAAUUCAGACCGCAUGGUGUCACUCUUUGCAGCAUUUACAUGCUUUCAAUUUGUUCAUCAUGACAUUGGGUAGAUAAAAUGUUAAAGCGCUUGAACUAUUGUUUACCCCUCUCGACUGUAUAUUAAAAGAACAUUUAACAUGCC